AAUUAGAAGAGUUGAAUAUUUGAAAUUAAAUAUAAGGACCAAACUUCUGACACCGCUUUAUCUAGCCUCAUGAUGAAAAUAAUAGAAAUUGGACGCUGAGCAUUCUUUGGAUUACUCGAAACUUUAAAAUGUUAUUAACAUCUUUCAUCACUAAACCAUUGAUCCAAGUUUUGCUGUUAAUAUUAGUGUUCCAGGUUUCAAAUGUUGCAACACAAAUUUCAAAGCCCAAUAUUUUGUUCAUCUUGAUUGAUGAUUUGGGUUUCAACGAUGUUUCAUACCACGGAAGUGUUCAGACCAAGACACCCCACAUAGACAAAUUGGCGCAGUAUGGUACAGUGCUGCACCGCCACUACACCCAACCAGUGUGCAGUCCGUCCAGGGGUGCCCUGAUGACCUCCAAAUAUGCGAUCAACAUUGGGCUGCAGGACGGGGUCAUAGAAGGAGCCGUUCCAGCUGGGGUGUCCUUGGACGAGCGAUUCAUGCCCGAAUACUUUAAGGAUAUCGGAUACGACACUCACGCGGUCGGAAAGUGGCAUGUUGGGUAUUUCCAAGAACCCUACUUGCCAACCAGACGUGGUUUCGAUACGUUCCUAGGGAUGUACGAAAGUGGGAUAGACUACUAUAUGCACACAAGAGAGACUGAGGGCUUCUGGGGAUUAGACAUGCACUGGGAUAUGGGGUGCAACUACUCGGAACCCAUGUGGGACCUGUACGGAGACUAUGCUACUGAUUUGUUCACACAGCAUGCUCGGAUCAUGAUAGAGAUGCGAGACCAGUCCAAGCCCUUCUUCCUCUACCUCUCCCACAGGGGGGUCCAUAGUCCCACCCAGGGCAAGACAUCACUCAUCCACAGAUUCCACGGAGUAUACAAUGACACCAGGAGAGACUACCUCACUCAGGUGGCCGCAGUGGACGACUCAGUGGGAAGUAUGGUAGCAGUUCUGGAGCAAGAGGGAAUUCAUGAUGAUACCAUAAUAGUUGUGGCCUCCGACAAUGGCGGCCAAAUUUGUACACUGUGUGGUCAGUCAAAUUAUCCUUUGAGAGGAGCGAAGCGCAACAACUUCGAAGGUGGUGUCAGAACGCCCGCAAUAGUAUCGGGGCCUGGAAUUCCAUCAGGCAAGCUGUAUUCUGAUUACUUUCACAUCACCGAUUGGCUGCCCACACUGCUGGAAGGAGCAGGUGGUAACCCAGAAAACCUCCCGGAUGAUAUAGAUGGAAUGAGUCAGUGGAGUGAAAUGACCAGUGAGGAUUUUGGUGGUCGGAGAGGGCCAAGGGACGAGGUGCUUGUUAAUAUAUAUGAGGAGUACGGGGAAUCAGCGAUCAUUGUAGGCGACUACAAACUGCAUCACGUGACGUCUGGGAUGUUAGAUGGAUCUCCAUACGAUUGGUCAUACUCAGUUGGACCACUGAACGAAACUGACAGAGACCGCAUCUACGUCAGAAACGGUUGGAAGUUACCUGUAGUAGAAUGCAAUGUUCCCCAGAAUUACUCAGAAUGCACAUUUCAAGAUGGCGAGGAGGGGGUUUGUCUUUUCAAUAUCCAAGAGGAUCCAUGCGAAUACAACAAUCUUGCACCCACUCACCCCGAGAUAGUGACGCAGCUAAUGGCCAGAUUGGAGCACUUCAACAGCACCAUGGUGCCGUCAAUCAUCAAGCCCCCAGAUGUGAGAGCGAAUCCUGCUCUGAGAGGCAAUGUUUGGGGCCCAUGGGAAUGAAACAAUUUGGUAUCGAUGAGAUACUUACUGAAAUGCUUUCAAAUUGAUUGUGUGCCUAAUACUGGUUCCAUUUUGGUGUAUAUAUUCUAACAGAUGAAAUUAAAAAUUAUCCAUUCUUCUAAUCCGCGUAUGGUGUUUCUGAUAUUGUGUUCUUUUGACCCGCAACUGAUGAAAAUUUUACAAUCUGAUGAAAAUUAUUUUUCAGCUGGAGUGUAUCUGAAAAAAAAUGUCUCCGCUUUUUAUUUCGGCUAUAAAGUGAGAAGGAACUUGCAUUUGAG